ACAAUUUUGUUUUAUGCAUAAAUUUAAAAAUUUACCUCCAUGAGAUAGGACAUUUUCCCCUCCACAACACUCCGGCGUGGGACAUGCCUUAAGACUAAAUUACCGUUAUCAAACCAUGCUGGUAAUGCAGACAUCUAGCUGAGAUCACGUUUUUGUGGAUUUGUUUAUGUUUAUUUAUUUUUUUUUUGACAUGUGUACCAAAUGUACAAAAUUGUCUAAUUGAAGUUCAUCAAUAAAUUAAUACAUUUAUUUAAAAAUAAAAAAAAUCAAAGGAUCAAUUGAGUUUUUUAGAAUUUACUUGAAAUGAGGCAAAAAAGAAGAUGUGCUUCGAAAGACCAACAAAUCUCUAAGGAUGGCAGACAGUGUAUGUGACUGGGUGUAAAAAUCAUCAUGUUGUUGCCAAUACCAGAAAGGAUAGACAUGGAAGAAGUUUGUACUAAAUGGAAAGAAGCAUGUCAACUCGCUUGGUAUGACAUUAAAGAAUACAAAUGUGAAUCAUCAAUUGGACGUUGUUAUGAUAACCGUUUAUUGACACAAUCAUACCUUGAGAAAAUAUUAUUAAGAUGUGGUAAAUAUCUUAAAAAAUUGUCUCUCUCAGAUAUUUUUGAUUCAAGAAUUAUGCCAUUUGUUGGUGAUCAUUGUAAAAAUUUAACAACCUUGGAAUGUCAAUUUGAUGAUAAUUUUUUGAUUAAUAAUGCUGAUCACUUUGUUCAAGCAUUUACACAGUUAGAUAAAUUAAAAUGCAUUAAAAUAUUACUGAACCAUACGACAAAAAAUGAACCAUUGAAUCUAUUUGAAAUAAUUAAUAGUCUUUCAGAAGGAAUCAAUGAAAUUCAUAUACCUCAUAAACGUUGGUGGAACAGUGAACGAGCAGUUCUUUUUACUUUAAAAAAAUUUAAAAAUCUUCAAAAACUGACUUUACAUAGCCUCUGUUUAGACGAGCUAAUUCUUCAAGAAAUAGCAGAAGCAACAACACUUGUUUAUCUUUACAUUCGAUUGUAUGAUACACACAUAGAGUUUCCUCUAUUUGAUAAACUCGUGAAUUUGGAAUAUAUUAAAAUAGAGCUUCAAGGAGAAGAUAAAGAUAGGAAAGACACUACAAAAGUACUCGACACUAUUUUUUGUAAAUGCAAAAAUCUAAAACAUCUUGAUAUUCCAAAUUACUACUAUGAUCUUGCUGAAAUUCCUUUGGCAAAAUGGAAAAACUUUAAAAAUUUAGAAUAUCUUACUUUAUCUUGUUAUGAAAUACUACCUGACUUAGCAGAUACAAUUGUUAAAUAUUGCAAGAAUUUGAAACACUUGUUCUUGAACCCUAGAUUCUCUCAUAUAGAGGCAAAUGUUGUAGAAAAAGUUACGAAAUUGGAAAAUCUUGAAAGCUUAGAGAUUCAUGAUAAAUGCUUCGAUGAGGAAGCAAUAAUCGCAAUUUCAAAAAAUUGUAAAAAACUUAAACGUUUAGAACUUUAUCAUUGCGCAGUAUUAACAGGUAUUGAUAAUGAUGCGUCACUUCGCGAACAUUCUUCUCCAUCUGUUUUAAAUGAGUUAUCAAAAUUACAAUAUCUUGAAUAUUUAAGCUUGAGUGAUACAGAAAGAAUUGACGAUAAUACAAUUAUUGAUAUUGCUAAUAAUUGUAAAAACCUAAAACAUUUAGAUAUCUGUACUAACGAUGAUAAUAAUAUUACUGAAACAGCUCUCCUUGCUUUAACAAAGUUGGAAAAUUUAGAAAUACUAAGAGUAGCUUCUCAUGAUAUUUCAGACAGCUACAUUAGCAGGUUGAAAGGAUUAAAAGAAUUUAUUUGUAGUUAUUGUUGGAAUCUUACUGAUACUGGUAUCAUUCAAUUAAUAAAAAAUAACCCAGAUCUUGAAGAAAUCUGUGCUUUUGGACUAGAAACUUUUACAAUUGACUUGGUUAUUGGUGCUGAUGAGGCGACUAAAAAUCGUACAAAUGGUAUUAUUUUACGGAUAGAAAUAGAUGAUUCGUCACUAAUUGAAGCUUCUAAGUCAUUAAUCACAUCUCAAUGGUUGGUUUUUACUGAUUAGAGCUGAUUCAUCGUAUAUCUUUCUCUCUUAUUCGUAUACGCUUAAUAUUUUUCCAUUAUGUAUUCUCAAAAUAAACACAUAUAAAAUACGUUACCAAGUCAAAGACAUUGUAAAAAAAGAUUAUUAUUAUUAUAAUUAUUAUUAUCAUAACUUGUUUUCUAUUUUACUUAAAAUCAUAAAAACUUGAAUGUCAUUGUUAAUAUUUUUGUAAAACAAAGUUCAAUAAUAAAUAUACUUUUUUAAAUAAUUUUUUUCCCGAUCUUAUACAUAAUAGGUACCUAUUUUUUAACAUUAGAUUUUUUUCUUUUUUUUUUUUGAUUAAAUAUAGAUUUUUUUUUUUUUUCAAUCUUAUUGGUUUUUGACCGGGGACUGUUUUAUAUACUGCUAAAAUAAUAAUGUUUAUUAAAUCGCAUAAUAUUGUAAUCAAUAAAUAAUUAUAAAAUAAAUAAAAUUUAAAAAAAUAAAAAAAAAAACAAUAUGUACAUAUAUUACAAUUAACGAAAUAAUUAAUAAAUGAAAAAAAAAAAACAAUUACAAUGUUAAAAACGAAAACAAAAUAAAUAAAAAAAAAA